GACUAGCGGCUGAUUGUAUUUAUUUUUAUUACUUACAGAUACCAAAUUUGUUUUGACUUUUGUUUUUAGCAUAAAUAUUUAUUAUAUCUAGUGCUUCUUAUAUCAUUUCGUAUUAUGAACCUGUCUUAAAAAAUAUACAAUAAACAUUAAACAUUCUGUAGAAUAGUGAUUGAUUAUUCAUUGCAAAAAUGACGAAUUUGGGAGGUUCAUGGGAAGAGCUUCGUAAGCAAGCAAGGGCAUUGGAAAAUGAUAUUGAUAUAAAAUUAGUUGGAUUCAGCAAGUUAGGAAUGAGCUCUUCAUCACCAUUAUCAUCUGAAAGUGAACCAUUAAUAAAUGCAGACGAUAUGUUUGACAACAUGACAAUGGAACUGCAACAGUUACUAAAUCGGUUAUCAUCCAUAAAUGACAAGAUGGCGGAUGUGGCACCCAGUACUGCAGCAACGAUGCACACAUUGAAGAGGCACAGAGAAAUCUUAAUGGAUUAUCAGCAGGAAUUCUCCAAGACGUCAGCUCGAGUACGCGCACGGAGGGAGAGAGAGGAACUACUUGGAGGUGGUAGCCCUCCUCCUAAUUCGGUGGCUGGACUCAGUAGGAGGGACCAGUACUCUAAGGAAACUAGCCACUUACAUAGCUCACACAUUCUAGUUGACGAACAAAUAAACAUAGCGAUGGAGGCUCGGGAACAUCUUACCUCGCAGCGACAAGUUUUCAAACGGAUGCAGACAAGAUUUAAUGACAUUACUAAUCGAUUUCCAAUGCUGAAUAGUCUUAUGUUUCGAAUCAACGCAAGAAAGCGGAGAGAUUCCCUCAUAGUGGGAGUAGUAGUGGCCGUUUGCACGUUCCUGUUGCUUCUAUACGCAUUCCAUUGAGCGGCACUGACAUUUAUUUCCGAUAGCGUCUAUCAGUCGAAGUAGAAUGGGCCAAAAUUGUAUGAAGCAUACUGAAGCUCUUUGUACUAAUAGGGAUUUAAUAUAAUAUCAUAAAACAUUAAAAUAUAUUUAUUUUCUUAUUUUUAAGUGAUAUCCUUCGCUUCUGGGAUUAAAUACACAAAUUUAAUUUAUAUACCAAAGUUUAUGGACAUACCAAUAUUUACGGUCAACGUCAUCCAAAAAAAAAACAUAAGUUUUUGUAUAUAAGUUAAACAAGAAUGCUGCACAUUUAGGGUAUGUUCCGAUAUGCACUGCGAUCACUGCACAGUGCUAUCACUGUAGAAAAAUUCGUUCCGUUAUGGAUUGCCAGUAUACUGCCGCUGUACCCUAGGGAAAUAUAUGACGUCAUAAAACGCCGCCAUAUUCUACUGUGAGCACUGGCGUUUUCGAGGUAAGGUACUCGCAGUACUUUGAUCACGUGAUCAGUCAAAACCACUCGAGUGCCUAACGUUUUAUAAACAAUACCCACAGUUUAAUCCCAAAUAUUUUUACUUUGACAGUACCCCAGCAACAGUUAUACUUUAAUAAACUCAUUUGAAUGCUGCGUCAAAAAAUGCGGCUGACAGUAUACGGGAUUGCGUUCCGUUUUAAAUAGUAACCAGUAUAACUAACUAUAAAGGAGCGGCUAUAUAGUAUACUAAAUUGACGUCACACUGUACAGUGGUCGCAGUGCAUAUCCGAACAUACCCUUAAUGUGUUGAUAUGUCGCUUUGACUUUUGCUGUCAACCCGUAAUACCUGAAUCACUUCUAAUAAUUAAAAAAUUCUCUUAAUGGAUCAGUCACUUGUCAAAAAUGUCAAUGUCAAAACGUAUAACCCCUUUUAUUUUUUAGCCGGAAGAACGCCAUCUUGUAAAUGUAAAAAUGCCAGUUCUUGAUUCUUCAUUUUCGAGGCUGUAAGUUUUUGUAAAGGUUGUAAUAACUAACAAGCAAAUAAAAGUCCCAUCCCUUUUUGCUUGAUUUGCACUGUAGGUACCUAUUUGUCUCAUGUUGGUUAAGACUCCACUUCUGCAUUUUUAUCGCCUUUCGAACAGUUUUUAUAUUUUAGUUAAACUCCCAAAAUUGCACUCAAAAAGUUGCUUACGGUCAGUAAAACUGAAAGAAAAACGUGUGCGUCUCGGGACACCCGACAGGAGUGAUAACUUAAACUAAUCUAAGUUGAACUAUUUAAUAAUGGAAUUGUUUAACUUGAAGGAAUAAGGUUAUACUUAAGAUUUAUGUAUAUGAUAAUGUAAGUAAAGGUUAUUUAAUAAUAAAUUUAUUUAUUGAUUAUAAAAUAUUGUUUAUUCUUAGUUACAAUUCUUGAAUGUGUUAGAUUAUUAUUUUGUGUACGUACAUAAUUAAUACCAUUAUCUAAUCCUAUAAAAGUGACGAUUGGUAAGAGUGAGAUAGAUGGAGCCUGCCUACCGCUGCCGUAUCCGUUAGAGAAAGGGAAGCCAGACAGACUGACUCUGUAACGCGUUACUUUACGAAGCGGUUUACCCUCCGUUAUCACUUCAAAAACUGCUCAAAUACGAAAAUAUUUGUUCUAAAGGACAAUGCCCAUUAUUGUAUCGAACCCCGUACCAUGUUGCAUCAAAUUCAAGCGUUACUUUUUAGAUGCACUUUUUUGCACAUAUUAUAUUAAUACCGACAGAAGUUCUGUUUCUAAAAAUAAUCCGAGUUUCGGUAAAAAUCCUGUGACGUAAUUUGUGGAUAGCCCCUUAAAUAAUGUUGUGUAAUAAUUACAAAUACUUGGUCAACUCCUUUGUUCUGCCGCUAAAUACGACGAUGUCUUGAAGUCUAGUCGAUAAGAAUAUACAAGGGUUGUCAGCUGUUUGUCAAAUAUACAAAUUUUAUAACAAAUUUACUAACGGCCGUUCCCAAUAUUCAGUCUAUCUCCGGUUGUGUCCUACUUGAGAUAAAAAUCGUAAGUAUCGUUGACUUUUCUGUCCCAAUAAACUUAUCGACAGUAACUAAACUUAUCCGUACACGCUGCCUGUCAAUGGGAGGACGUAUAGCUUACCAACGAUAGAAGUUUGUAUGGAAAUUGCAAUUCACGCGUCCCAAUAUAAGACGAUAAGAAUGACUUAUCGAGUAUAUAGGGACAGCUUCAGAUUAUUGACAACUAAUUACUGAAAGUAGAAGGUCUUCAUUUAUUUCUAUCUGUAGAUAGUAUAUUGGGAAUGGCCGUAUGUGUUGUGCAACAGGUUUCGUAUACGUGACAUGCCUAAAUAUGAGUACCAAUUUGCAGUGGAACGAAUCGGUGCGGGGGCAAGAGGGUGGACUUCUUCAUUACCGCAUCCCACCGUUGCCUUGUCUAGUGGCUGAGUUGAAUCAAUAUUUGUGGUUAUUACAAAGUAUACGGUAACGUCAGCAAACAUUUUGUAUCGUCGGCUUCUAAUAAUUUAUUUGAAAAAAUUUAACUUAAAACAUGGUAUAUAUUGAUAAGUUUUAUUAAAAAUACCUAUUGAUAUGCAUAUAAUAUAUUCGUAAAUAUUUUUGAUAUUUAUCUAUAUUUUAUGAUGUAUAAUAAUAAAGAAAAUAAAAUGUUUAAAUAAUUCUCAA